UUUCGUUCUUAGCCGCCAUUUUCGCUGCUCCUUAGCUCAAUUCUUCUUCACUGCGUUUUAGUGAUUUGUUUAGGUAUCUUAUUGUUGAUUUUUUUCUCAAUGGGGGAUUUCAGUCACCUGGAGAAGAUGGGAAGAGAGCUCAAAUGCCCAAUUUGUUUGAGUCUUUUAAACUCUGCCGCUUCACUGGGAUGCAACCACGUAUUCUGCAAUGUAUGUAUAGAGAAGUCAAUGAAAUCGGCUUCAAACUGCCCAGUUUGUAAGGUGCCUUUUCGGCGUAGAGAAGUUCGUCCUGCUCCACACAUGGAUAAUUUGGUGAGCAUUUACAAAAGCAUGGAAGCUGCUUCGGGAAUGAAUAUAUUUAUUUCUCAGAAUUUGUCUUCUGCUAAGUUAUCUGAUGGGGAGAAUCAAGUGGAAGGUGAUGGCAAAGGUUCAAAACGGCAUAAUGCAGAAACCAGCGAGUUCAUAGCUUAUGAACAAAGAACUUUGGAAAAAGAGCCACAAAGGACACGAAAAUCCAAGCGGAAGAAUUCUGCUUGUUCCCCUGUGAAAUCUUCAUUUCCAAGAAAGAAAAGGGUUCAGGUGCCGCAGUGUCCCCUUUCAGAAACACCUACCCGAUCUGCAAAGUUAGUACAUAGUUUUAACAAGGAGAAUGAAGAACCGAGAAAAAGUGCAGUUGCUUCGGAGAAUAAAGGUCAGCCAGUGCUUUCGCCUUUUUUUUGGUUGAGAGAAAGAGAUGAAGAUGAAAAGUCAAAUCAGCAGUCUGAUAUGGAUCAGCCUACGGACUCAAUGACAAUGAACGUUCUUUCCUUCAGUGAUAUCAAGGAUUCACUGGAUGAAAGCCCUUCAAAGCCUUCAAUGGAGGAAGUGUGCGACAAGCCAUCCUACGACUUGGAUCUCUUUGAUAGUGAAAUGUUUGAAUGGACUCAAAGAGCCUGUUCCCCCGAACUUUGUUUAAGUCCCUUUAAACUGCAGGUUGAAGAUAUUGCCAGAACUGAAAUAGCAUUAUUAGCAGCAGCACCUAAUGAAGAACCUAGGGUUCAAAAUCUAAAUGGAAGUUCUAAUCACAGUGGUGGUAUACCGGACGAGUUGGUGGUACCUGAUGUGUCCCUUCUAGAAGACAACAGUACGAAGGAUCAUACUGGAAGUGCUAAACUCAGCAAAAGAGGUAGAAAGAGAAAGGAAACUGCACUGAGGAAAUGUGCUAAAAGAUUGGGAGAAUCAGCCAUUGACAAUUAUUCCCAUUCAGGUAUGGAAACCGAAUGCUUGCUUCAAAAGCAGGAACACCAUGUUAGUAACAGCUCUGAUAAUCUGAAAAAUGUUAUCAAAAGGAGCAAGAGGAAAAUGCACCGUGGUUUUGAUGCAAAUAAGAUGACUCUUGAAAAUGUUCCUGACGAUCCAAUUAAUUUAGCCACUCCAAAUGAGAAUUUUGGAACCGAGACAUCAGGCUUUCCAGAAGUGGAAAAGGUUAGUCAAUUCCCGGAAAAGGGUCGCAAGAACGGCAGAGCCUGCAAGAAAACGCACUUCGGUAGGGAUGCCAAACAGGCGACUCCAGAGAAUGCUAUUGCCAAUCCAGUUAGUUUAGGAGCUCCAGAUGAUAAACACGAGAAUUUUGGAACCGAGCUGUUAGCUUUACCAGAGGUCGAAAAGGUUUGUCAAUUACCUGAAAAUAGUCGCAUGAAAGGCAGAGGCAAGAAGAAAGCACGCUUUGGUAACGAUGCAAAUAUGACUAUUCUUGAAGACGUUCCUGCACAUCCCAUUGGUUUAGGAACUCCAAACGAUAGUUCUUGGAAUCUUGGAACUGAGGUUUCAGCUUUUCAAGAAAUCGAAAAGGUUAGUCAAUUCCCAGAAAAAAAUAACAAGAAUGGUGGAGCCGGCAAAGACCAGAGAUUGGUCCAAUACCGCAGGAAGUCUAAGAAACAAAAGUUAUAUUCAGGGGACGACAAACUGCGAGAGAAACAAUCUUCCAAUCAGAAUCAACACGAUGGUUGCGCUAUUCGUGAUUUAACCACCACACCCGGAAUUGCUACAUCUACUGAUCAAAAAAGGGAACAUGAGAAACAAGAUAAAAGUUCCUCUGUCUGCAUAAUAACUUGUGAGUAUGAUAAUGUCACUCAAGAAAAGCAUGUUGCUCAGGAAAAUCGAAGUGAGUUCUCUGAAAUUUUUCCAUGCUGUACCGACGCAAAAAACCUGGAUCCUACGGCCAAAAAAGUUGGUUCAGAAAAACAUGAAAGAUUGGAUAAGGAAUUUCAUUGUGCUUUCUGUCUCUCAUCAGAAGAGUCAGAGGCUUCUGGAAGAAUGGUCCACUAUUUCAAUGGGAAGCCGAUUGAUACAGAUGACGUAAAAAACUCAAAGGUCGUCCAUGCACAUUGGAAUUGUGUUGAAUGGGCGCCCGAUGUUUACUUUGAUGGUGACACAGCGAUUAACCUUGAAGCUGAACUCAGUAGAAGUCGAAGAAUUAAAUGUGGUUUCUGCGGAAACAAGGGUGCUGCUCUUGGGUGUUAUGAGAAGUGUUGUCGUAAGAGCUUUCACGUUCCUUGUGCAAAGUUGAUGCCUCAAUGUCAAUGGGAUACUGUAAAUUUUGUGAUGUUAUGCCCACUUCAUCCGGAUUCUAAACUGCCAAGCCAAUAUUUGGGACAUCAAGAACGGAAAAGAAGUUGCGCUCCUAAGCGACAAUCGAACACUAAAUGUAAAGCAGUUGCGCGUGAGAUCAGCAAUAGUAGAGUGUUUACAUUUCGUGAAUCAUCUAAGAAAUUGGUUCUGUGCUGUUCAGCUCUCACCACAGCAGAGAGGGAAGCUGUUACUGAAUUUCAGAGAUUAUCUGGAGUUCCAGUGUUACAAAAAUGGGAUGAUAGCGUUACACAUAUUAUUGCAUCAACAGAUGAAAAUGAAGCAUGUAAAAGAACCUUCAAAAUUUUGAUGGGCAUUUUGAAGGGAAAAUGGGUACUGAGUCUGAAAUGGAUUAGGGCUUGUAUACAAGCCAUGGAGCAAAUAGAGGAAGAACGCUUUGAGAUUACUCUAGAUGUGCAUGGAAUCAGAGAUGGCCCUCAACAUGGAAGAUUGAGAGUCUUGAACAAUCAAGCAAAACUUUUUUCUGGGUUGAAGUUCUUCUUUACAGCGGAUUUCUUACCUUCAUACAAAGGAUAUCUCCAACAACUUGUUACUGCAGCUGGAGGAACUAUUCUGCUUAGAAAACCAGUUUCAAGCAACCAAAACACCCCUUGUUCUUCACCUGAUUGCCAAGUUUUUAUCAUUUACAGUCUUGAGCUUUCUGAUCAAUGCGAUCCACGUGAAAGGAGUAAGAUUCUCAAUUACAGACGUUCCGAAGCCGAGUCGCUUGCUAAGUCGGCUGCAGCCAAAGUUGCAACCAAUCUAUGGCUUUUGAACUCGAUUGCAGGCAGUAAAUUGAGCAGUCGUCUUGUGGAGUAACUGUGAGCCAUGUAUGUAUAUUUUCCUACUCAGUUGUAUAUGCCUUCAAUUGAGAGAGAAUGGCCAAACAAGGCAAGCUAAAUGUUAUAUCAUAUCAUAUCAUAAACCAUGUGAUACAGAUCUGGUAUCUAUUGAUUUAUAAAUGUAUUUAGUGUUAUUUU